AUGAGCAGGGAACUAAUGCUGCGCAUCUGGCAGGUCCUCGAUCCACAGUCAGCGCUCCUUACGACGAGUGAGGUGCAUCAAUUCCUCGCCAGUAACCCUCCCCGAGAAACGACCAGGAAGAUAGGAUCGUACAAGCCCGUCAAUCUCAAGAACUACCAGUCGGUGCGGGAAGAUUUCCAGCGCUAUGUCACCACGACGGUUCCAUACAUUGAGAAUUUUCCUCCUCCAGAGCUUUUCGUCAAGACCGUAGUGUCCAAACUACGAGCAUUUGGGUUGACCAAGACCGAAGUCUUCAUGUUGAUCAAUCUCGGCAUCGGCCUUCCCCGGAAUCAAUCUUCGCAGCCAUCUGCUGCUGCCGAAGACGGGGAGGAAGAAAACGAAGCAGAGGAAGUACAAGAACCGGAUGACAGGCAACUGCUCUCCAUCGUGAUUGAAGAGCUGGAAGACAGAUUCCCGGGUGAAGAAGGCGAAGCCAAGAUCGAGAAGAUCUUACAGACAAUGCGCACCGAAUUCAAUCGAGCUCAAGCCGCGACUAAGGCGAAUGAAGCGAACGGGAACGGAAGCGAAGCCAAGUGA